AUGAAUCCGAACCAGUUCCAGAAUAUGGCGGGAAUGGGUCGAGGCAUGCCCAACAACAUGCAGCAACAGAUGGCCAUGGCGAAUCAGAUGGGCGGUCAAAUGGCGGCUCAAAUGGGUGGCCAGAUGGGCCAGAUGAAUCUCAUGGGUGGGCACAUGGGUGGGGGCAUGGGCAGACCGAUGCCUCCCCAGGCGGCCGGACAGAUGAGCCUCAACCAUCCCUCGGUGCAGCAGUAUAUCUUCGACCAGCUCAAUUCUCAAGGUCCUUUUGCGGGCUGGCAGGCUAACGUCCACAUCCGUGAACGAGCCGGCCAGAUCAAGUUGCUUGUCGACUCCCUACGCCUGGUGAGGCCGCCGGUCGAGCUUACCCGUGCGAUAGAGGUCGCCCUCCAGUUCGAGCGGAAGUGCUUCACUCAGUCUUUAAGCCGAGAAGACUAUGUCCGCGAGUGCAGUGAGAAAUUGGGUCGAAUCCGUGACCAGCGUGCGCAGCAGAUGAACCAGUCUGCUGCUGGUGUCAUGCAAGGCAUGCAGGGCAUGCAAAUCCCCAACCAGAACUUCAUGCCCCAGAUGCAAGCGAAUCAGCAAAUGCAAAAUGGCAUGGGCCUGCCACCGCACCUCCAGCAACAAAUGCAGCAGGGAAUGCGCAGCUCGCCUGUCUUCAACCAGCCUCAGCCCAUGAUGAAUCAAGCCCAGCCUGCGGCAACUCCAAAUCAGGCAAUGGCUAACAUGAUGCCGGGUAACAACCAGCAGAAGCAGACCCAGCUACCUGAAUUGACUCCGGAAGACAACAAAGCCAUCAAUCUUCGCGCGGCAGAGCUGGCUAAAAGCACUGCCAAGGAGGAGAUGCGGAACAUCGUCGAAAAGAUGAACCCCCAACUGCGGCAGAACCUCGCUCAGAAGGCCGUCGAUCCUAUAAUCUACUACUUCCGGAUGCUUGCGACUAAAGAGUUCCGCAGGCGUAAACAGAUGGAGGCAGGCAUGGGCGGUGGCCAAAUGGGACAGAUGCAAAAUCAGUCAACCCAGAAUCCAAUGGCUCAGGGCAUGACCGCGAAUGCAAACCCGUUGAUGAAUGAUAUGGGCCGCUUCCAGGAGCAGCAGGCUGGGGGGUUGAGGUCUCAGGAAACCGGCGAGCUGGUGGUCCCAGCCAGCAGUACUCCCGGCAUGAUGUCAGAACAGAUGCGUCUUCAGCAACAGAUGUUGGCGCAGCAGCGGAUGGGCCAGCAGAACCAAGCUAAUAACAUGAAUCCGGCUUUCAUUGCCCAACAGCAGCGCAUACAACAAGCGCAGGCAACAAAGAUGCACCAGGCUCAACUACAGGCACAGAACCAAGCACAGGCUCAAGCUCGUGCUCAAGCCGCCGCCGCCGCUGCCCAGCGUGGUCAGAUGCAAGGCAUGCAAGGCUCCAACACACCACUCUCCGCCAUCAACCGACCCGUCAAUCCUAAUGUCUCUGGAGCCAGUCCACAGACAAUUCCUCGCCCCGGCUCAGGAACCCCUAUGAUGAACCAGCAGAUGCAGCAGAUGAACAACGCGGCGCAGCAAGGCCAAAGCCAGCAGCAACUCCAGCUCAACAUGCAGGAGAUGCAGAAGCGCGAGCAAGCCCUGGCCAGUUUUCCUGCACCUCUCCAGGCUCUUCUUCGACAAAAGCCGCAGAGCGAGUGGCGUGCCGUGCUGCAACAAUUCCAACAAAGUGGUCAGAUGAGAAGAAGCCUUUCGCAACAAACACCGGGAAUGCAACCAGGGCAGCCGCCACAACAAGGGCCGAUGGCACAUUUGCAGAAUGGGGCGUUUGUGGGUGGUGCGAAUGCCGGUGCACAGCCUAUGACGCAGUCGCUCUCAGCGGGAGCAGGUUCACAGCAAGGUCAAGACAUGAGCGGCCUCGCGCCAGUAAACCAGGCACAGGCACAGCAAAACGCCCAGGAGAUGAUGAGGCAACGUCAAAUCCAAAUGCAACAGCAACAAAAGCAACAGCAACAGCAGGGACAGCCCCAACAGGGACUUCCCAAUGUUCCGAGUCAAUCUCAGCCGCGUCAGCAGUUGACCGCGCCCCAAAUGAAGUUGAUGGACCAGCAAGGAGUGCCGCCUACGGUUUUGAAUAGUAUUCGGCAGAAAGCGGCUCUGCCUGAGGUCAAGACGUGGUAUCAGCUGAAGAACUGGUUGCUCGCAAAUCCGAUUGAAAACUGGCCUGUGGCUCAUGUGUUGGACAUUCAAGCUACACAUUUCCAGCAUAUCAUGAAAAAUCGAACCCAGAACCUGCAACAGCAACAGCAAGUCCAGCAGCAAAAACAGCAGCAGCAGCCUCCAAAUAACACGAUGGUCAACCAAGCGCCAAUUCCACAGUCGCAGCAGAGACCACAGGCUCCUAUGCCAGGUAUCCCUGGUCAGGCUCCAGGGCUGUCUCCAGGGCAGAUCCCUUUCAGAUCUCCAUCUGCUGAGGACAUCGCGAAAGUGCGCGCUGCUAACCCGAGGGUUGCCAACAUGCCGGACGAACAAAUCAGAGCUCUGCUCAUUACCAGGCAUCGGCAAAUGCAACAAAAGGCGAUGCAACAAGCUGGUCAGCAGGGCAUGCCUCCGCAGAUGCAGUUCAUGCCACCGCAAGCGGGCCAACCCAAUCCGCCUGGCCAGCAAUUUGGGAUGCAAGUGCCGGGGCAAAAUCAAGUGCCACAAUUGAAUAUGCAGGGCCAGCAGCACUCUCGGCCACCGUCUGGCCAAGCACCAGGACAGCCUCGACCAUCGCAAGUUCCCUUACAACCGGAGAACAAAGCACUAAAACGACCCAGCGACGAUGAUGUGAUUGAAAUGCCAAAUCAAAACGCUCAAGCUCAGCCACAAGCGCCUGGAAACAGGCCGUCGGCUUUCCAAGCUCUUACCAAGGAGCAGUUCAGUGCGCUGGAUCCUCAAAAGAAACAGCAAUACAUGAACAUGCAGCGUCAACAUGCUCAGCAAGCCAUCGCAAAGAGGAUUAUUGAACUCCAAAGGGAGGUUCAAGCCACCAUGCCAAAGCCCCGACCGAUCACCAACAUGGAUGCGAACAGCAGGAAACGAAUCACGGAUCUACUGAUGUCUAAUAAUGUUAAGAACAUGCUCGGUCGAUUUGAAUCCUUCCUUCUAGCAUUCUUCCGUAUGAAGCAGGAUGAAGCUACAAUCAAGCAGUUGAUUCUGCAAAGAAUGCAGCUACACCAGCAAUACAAACAGGUCGCGCUGCAAAACAAGAUUUUUGAGCCAGCAGACCACUUCAGUAUAACUGCUGAUAAUGCAGAAGCCAUUGUCAGUAACAUUACCACGAAAUUCCAACAGACGGCAGCGCAGAUACCCAACAACAAAGGGCCACAACGACCAGCCCAACUCACCCCUGAGAAUCUCAGUUUGCUGGAGGCACAAGAAAAAGAACGAAAGCUGUCUCUUAAGACAAACCAAGCUCCACCUGCUCCAACAUCCACUCAACCUCCCUUUCAGAUUGGCGAUCCAAGAGGGCAAGGCACGCCGAGAUACGCGACCCCAGGGCUCAAGCAAGAGGAUCUCAAGCUCCCUACUGACACCAAGAGGCGGAAAAAGAAUCAGCAGCAGACUCCGGCUGCUCCCACUCCUGUUGCCACGUCUCCGCAAGCAACCAAGACACUCAAGCCGGCUGAAAUGUUUAAAUGCCCCGUCAAUGGUUGCGAGCACCAACUCAAAGGAUUUGCCACUCAAGGAGAACUCGACCAACAUCACAAUGUUGCCCACAAGCUCGAUAUGGAGCCUGUCACGGAUCCUCUUGCCUUCCUCCACGAAUCCCUGCGUACCGCGUUCAACCUGGAUGAGAACCUGAAGCAAAUCAAGAAGCCAAAGACAGAAGGCAAAGCCGGAGGUGCGAGCAACAUUAAGAAUGAAAACUCGGCAGCCACUCCGGUGCCCAUGUCUAAGGUUCCCAGCCAGGGCGCAUCGGGCCCCAUAUCUGCUCAAGGCGGCGACGUGAAGAUGGAGGAUGCCGACGGUCCUUGGAGCCACAGUAACAUUACACUCGAUCAACUUCGCAUUGCGUUUGGUGGCGAUGACUGGGACGAACUCUUCCCUUCCGACGACAGGGUCUACGAGCAGCAGUCUAAGUUCUACGAAGCUUACCGGAAUACAAGCGAGCGGUGGCGGAAGAUAGUGGAGGGUCCUAAUGGCGCAUUGACCGACACGUCCACUGAAAAGUCUAAAAGCCCCGAGGUUGCGAGCGACAAGGAAGGGUCGGCGACAGCCGCUGUUGGUGGAAGCGAGGCCAAGGAAGGUUCGCAGGACAAAGGCAAAGGCGAAGACGAUUCGUGGCAUAUCAAUCUCGACCGCAUCGAAGGUCUCGACCUCAGCGGUUUUGACGAGUUGUCCCCAUUCGAAAACAUUGGUGAUCGCGACAUCAUAAUGGGCGAUUCUCCUUUUGAGUCUGUCGAGAAGCCGCAGUUGACGACUGGGGAGCUGCAUUUCCAGGCUAUGGGCGGCGACCUUCACCAUCCGGAAACCUGGACGGAGGAACAGAAAUCGCUGGCGGAGUUCCUGAUCGACAGCAAUGUGUGA